AUGUUUCAGAUGGCGAAAUCGAAGAAUCACACGGCGCAUAACCAGUCGGCGAAAGCGCACAAGAACGGAAUCAAAAAGCCCAGGAGACACCGUCACACUUCCACCAAAGGAGUAAGCAGUGACUCUCUGAUGGAUCCUAAGUUCCUGAGGAAUCAGAGGUAUGCAAGGAAGCACAACGUCAAGAGCGGCGAGAAUGCUAGCGUCGAUGAAUAA